AGUAAGAGGCGUGACACACGAGGCUAGAUCCGAUCGAAAUCGUGUAUUAGUUUCUUCAGUAACAACUAAAGCAAGGAAGUAUAAGAGGGUUUUACACAUUUGAGUAAAGGCUAACAAACGCCCAAGUGGACACUGUUUAACACCGAAAUGUCGGUUCUCACCUUGGAAGCCAAAUUAGAAAGGGCAGAAACCAAUACACCAUGGGGAUUUCGUAUGCAAGGUGGAAAAGACUUUAGCAGUCCAUUGACAAUUCAGAAGGUGAAUCCAGGCAGUUUGGCAGCAAAAUGUGGCUUACAAGUAGGAGAUAUCAUUUUGAAAAUAGGGAUCUUAGGUGCCGAAACCUUGAGGCAUAAAGAAGCUCAAGACACAAUCGUUGCUUCUGGCAAUAGAUUGGACCUGUUGCUCCAAAGAAUUCGUGCAAAGCAAUUGAAUUCCAGUUUUGGAGGUGGCAGUACUCCAGCUUAUGAUAAAUUUUCCACUCCUCAGACAAGUAGUUUUAAUUCCGUACCAAAAGCUCCUCCAGUAGGUGGUGGUGUUAGUCAACCAUCUUCUAAUUCAAAUUUUAAUGCAUCUGCAAAGCCUUUUGGGGCACCCAGUGCUCCAGCUUAUGGUGGAUCAAAUGUGGAUAACCUCGCAAAUAGAACUAAAAAUAUGUCCAUGGAACCAGAUUAUUCAGGUGCUGCUCAAAAAUAUUCAGCUAUGAACGAGCCACCCCAGCCAUCGUCACAUCAAUCAUCAUCUUUCCGUUAUCUUCAAAAUAUGAUGGAUUCAGGUCAAGAACCACCAUCAGCCUUUAAAUCCAGUCCUGCACCACCUGCAGCCCCUCCAGCUCCAAAACCCCAAACUUAUAUCGCUCAGCCUGUCGGACCUGGUGAAAAACCAGGCACAGUGAAAGCCAUAGUUUCACAGAAAUAUAACACACCAAUAGGACUAUAUUCUGAUAAAAAUGUUGCGACAACAUUUAAAGGACAAUCAAAAUUUUUAGUUAGUCCUGAUGAAGGUGAAGAUCUCCCAAAUCCAGCACCAAAAGAAAACGGUAAAAGUGAGGUAAAAACAUAUCAGCCAUCGGAAACAUAUAAACUGAUACAUGAACAAGAUGCCCCGAAAGAAACGCAACCCACACAUUCUCGAUCUUUUAAAUUUUUACAACAGCAAUUAGGAGAAACGAAAAAUGGUCCUGCGGCUCCAGUACCCUAUACCCCACCAGCUCCUGCAGCACCAACAUGGACACCAAAACCUGCACCAGUACCAUCUGCUCCUGUAGCUAAAACCUGGACUCCUAGUGCAGCCCCACCCAUGGCUCCAUCAGCACCUCGUGCUCUAGCACCUAGAGUACCACCCCCUAAGCCAUCAGGAGUUGGUGCUAUACGAGGAAGAAUAGGUGAUGCCUCCAUGCAGAAUCAAGGGAGUGGAAUGAUCCCUAAAACGGCUCUUUGUGCCUCUUGUGGUAAUACCAUCAGAGGUCCAUUUGUAUUGGCCAUGGGUAAAAGUUGGUGUCCAGAACAUUUUAAUUGUGCCAAUCCUAGAUGUGGUAGAAAAUUAAUUGAUAUUGGUUUUGUAGAGGAAGGUGGAUUUUUGUACUGUGAACAAGACUAUGCCCAACAUUUUGCUCCCAAGUGCCAUAAAUGUACUCAAGCUAUUGUUGGGGAAUGUGUAAAUGCAAUCCAACAACAAUGGCAUCCACAAUGUUUCUUAUGUACUAAAUGUCAUCAAUCAAUCGGAGGUACUCAGUUCCAUAUUGAGGAGGGUAAACCCUAUUGUGAGAAAGAUUGGGGUGCCAUGUUCCAGACUAUGUGCACUGGAUGUGAAUUUCCUAUUGAACCUGGUGACAGAUGGGUUGAAGCUAUGAAUAAAAACUUCCAUUCGGAAUGUUUCUAUUGUGCAACUUGUCAAGUGAGUUUGGAAGGUCAACCCUUCUAUUGUAAAUCUGGUAAACCAUUUUGUAAGAAACAUGCUCGAUAAUUGACUAGCUAGCUAGAUUUAACUUAACAAUUGUUCUGAAGGUGUGAUACAAACAUAGAGACUGAAUGCUGGAGUGGAUUUUAUGCAACUUAUAUAAAAAAAAAUAUCUGAUUUGUAUAUAAAUAUCUGAAAUAUAUAUAUAAAAUAAAUAUUGGACUUGUAGUAAACAAAAUAUCUGGCUUAAUGCUAUAGAGUUAACAAUAUCUGUGUUAUCUUGUGGUUUCUGUGUAUCAAAUAUGCAAUAUUUCGUUAUUUUAUAUUUUUAUCAAUACAAUUUCUAUCUAUUUUUCGUGAAACCAAAUAUUUGAGUAAUUUUCUAUAUAUAUUUAUAUAUGAAAUGAUGAUAUUCGGUGUUGGUGUCAUAAUAUUAACUCGUUAUACGAUAUUGUAUAUAAGGUUAUAUAAGCAAUAAAUUUCGAUCUAUUUUAAUAAAUAUCUGUGCAUAAAGUUUGGGGGAAAAAGAUAAUAUAUUUUAGAACAAGAGAAUGUUAUAACUGUAAAUAGUGUUUAUUACUGUGUGUUGCUUGGGCAUAAUUAUUGUAUGUAUAUAUAUAAUUCUAUAUACCAUUAGGAUGCCCUCGUCUGCUCCUAAGUUUUUUUGUUAUAUGUAGUUGUUAUGACUUUAUUUUAGGAAGACAGAUUGGUUUAUUUAUAUAGAAUAACAGCAUGAGUUUAUCGACACAGUCUCUUCUUAAAUGACAAACUCUUUAUAGCCACAUUUUACAUGAUCAUUAUUAAUAGGUUAAAAAUUAUUAGUCUCUGGUUGUACAAAAAAGUAAAAAGCUAUGUGUCAAGAAUUUUCAUAAAACAUAUCAAGAAUAGUGUCAAAAUAUGAAUAUUUUACAAGAAUAGUGCCAUGAAAUAACUGCCUAAUUUAGUGGAAAUAUUAAGUAUAUUUAAUAUCUCCAGAAUUUAUUUCCCUAUUUAUUAUCUUUAUAAAUGUUAAUAAUAGGAGUUAACUACAAAUAUAUUAUUAUGUUAGGAUUUAUAUAUGAAUUAUAGAUAUUUAGCCACAUACUUUAUCUAUAUCUAUCUAGAUGUAUUAUAUUAUUUUUAGCGCUUUUAUAUACAAUAUACUUUUCAUAUACUCUGCACACAACUACUUAACAGAUUCACAUGUACAUAUAUAAUAUACUCCAUAGUUUAUAAAUGAAAAUUAUAACUUAGUUUAUUGUGCAUACCAUAAAAAAUGAAAAUUACUUAGUUUCAUAUGACAAUUAUACAGUUGGUAGUAAAAACUUCAUAGUUUAAGAAAUUUUACUUGGUUGAUACUUGAAAAGUUAUAUAAAGUCGAUGAAGAAAACUCUAUAUAGAUUAAGGAAAAUUUAUAGUUUAUUAUUGUUAUUGGUAAAAACUCCCUAUUUUAACGAAACAACAUUUUGAGUUCUGAAAACUUUAUCUGUCUGUUAUUGACAAGAAUUACACAUUUCUUCUGUCUGUUAUUGAUGAAAAUUACAUUUUUCUUUGUUAUUAAUGGGAAGUAGUUAAUGUAAUUAUUACUAAUACUGAUGAACUGAUGUGAUCUUGAGUGAUACACAAGUUAUUUCAGGGAUAAAAUAUGCAUAAAUUAGAGUGACUGUGUUUUACAAGUGUUUGUUUUUAAUUACCUAUAAUCUGUUGUAUAACAGUAUAUGGGAUAUUUUUUUGUUCUCCCCUCUACCUAGUAUAUUGCUCCAAAUCUAUAGGUCUGAAUAAAGUGGCUUUAAUAUAUUA